GCCCAGGCCGCAACCGAGGGCGGCCGUCGUUCGCCAUCCACUCUCCGUCCAUUCUCUUUCCCUCCUCACUCCUCCUCCUCCUCACCUUCGGCCCCCCCCCCGGACGCACAACGACGGACGUCAGACACUUGCACAUCGCACUUUUUGCUUCCAAUCCACAAGCCCACGACUCUCGUGUUGGCACACCCGCAACGGGUGUAUUGUCUCCGCCUCUCGCUAGCUGGCCGCGUCGCCCAUAUCCGCAACUACACGUGUCCGCAUUCUUGCAUCCUCCCAUCUCUUCCCUCAAUGGGUCGCACGGCAGUAUGAGCCAGCCACCCUCUGCGAUCCCACGCCGCCUCUCCGUUGGCAGGAGCCACACCUCGGGCUCGGUCCCAACGACAUCCAAGGAUCGUGUCGCGGUGGGACGCAUCCCACGCCACGAGCGAGCGCCUACUACUGACGCCGAGUGGGAGGAAGCCCUCAGAUACUAUGGUGUCGACCGUCGGUCAGGCGACCACAGCGAGGCCAGAGAAGGCGAUGUCGCCGCCCAACCUUCCCAGCUCCUCAUCCACAAUGAGAGCGAUGACUCAUACGACUUCCUGGCGCCCUCCGAUGUCAGCAAUGGUGGCGAGAGCCCCGGGCGAACCAAGCUUCCCAUGUCCUUUGACAUGUCGCGCGAUCUGCACAUCCUCGGGGGCACAGCCGCGGACGAUUCACACAAAUCAACCCCCAGCGGCACCCCUGAACACGAGUUCACUCAGCAUCCCGAAUUUGUGCUCCUCCCCACACUCGACGCUCUCUCCUUCACAACCUUGCAGACCCACGCAUCGAUUGGCGCCUUUGAGCACACCUACAAGGUCCUUCAUGCGACCAAACUCCCCCGCACGUGUCGGCCUGACGAAGACUCGGGCCAUCUUUGCGUGACAGGCGAACGCCAGCGGCUCCGCCGGUGCUACGAGCAGGACGGAUGGCUUCAGGCGCCCAAUCCCAGUCAGGCCCUGCGUGAGAAACGCUCCCGAGUGCUACGCCGCCUCGGCCUAAACGACCCCAACGAGUUGGGCGAGCGUUUCGCCGUCCUAUCCCGUUAUUGCGAGCUAGCGCAGCUGGUCCUGGGCGCUGACAGUUCUUCCGUCUCCAUCCUUCGCGGGGACAACGAGGAUGUCUAUCUUCCCAAUCGCAACUUCCGCUGCUGGUCGUUCCCCAACGGCGAGGCGUAUGGCGGCCAUGCCGUGCUUCAUCCAGAGGGCAGGUGCUUCGUCGUCGCCGACAUGGACAAGGACUGGCGGUUUGCUAAGAAUCCCGGCCGUCUCGGAGGGCGCAAGCGCAAGUUCUUCGCCGCUGCCCCGCUUCGCUACUACCGCCCUGGCGGAGACUUUGUCGAUUUCGGUAUGCUAAGUAUCGCAGGCGAUGCUGCUCGGGACACGUUUGAUGUGCGAGAGCAGAGCACCCUGCUGCGUCUCGCCAACAUGCUAGUUUACCAGCUGGCGACCCUGCAAUCCGAAAUCAUGGCCAAGAAGUCGAGCGCCAUGUACGAGGCUAGCAUCAAUUUCCUGCGCCGGUCACUCGUCCCUGAGCAUCUCAAGUUGAAGCCAGAGGAUCCGGACUCUGCAAAGGCGGCAGAGACUGCCAAGUCCCUCAAGCCCAGGAAGACGUCGAUCUCCCGGUUGAAGAAGAGCCGCUAUUCCCGGCUCCCGAGGUCGGGCGGCGCCCGAGCUCUGCUUAUGGACGCAAGAUCCCGCCUGCCCAACAUCGCCGUCAAUCGCGCUGUCAGCGGCGCCCAAGCGUCGUCCGCGCAGGCCGUUGUUUCACCAGCGCAAACGCCCCUGACUCCAGCGUCAAACCGCUCCGAAGCUUCUGUGGACAUGCCUCAGCUGCCACAACGCGCCGUGAAAACCGCCCCGCGUGACUCACGCCGUGCCAAGCGCAGAGAUCUGCGGGCCGAGACCACCAUGUUCAACGACGCUGCAGAAACGCUACGAGGCAUUCUGCACGCCGAUGCGGUUUGCAUGGUUGACCUGCACGAGUAUCAGCUGUACAUUCGCAAGGGCGGCACUACGCCCGAGAAUCAGCCGACUCAAACAAGGGAGUCCAUUGUUGCCGACUUCCUGCAGGGCAAGGAAUGGCCCGCUAAUGUUGAGCCUGUCGUCAAGUAUGUGCCUCGCACCGACAACCUCAGCGUUGAGAUUAUGGGGCAGAACGCUGCUCCUGGCUUCGAGGUCGAUUUCAACAGGCCCAACGCCACCGAGACGAUUGCAAAGUUCGCAAAAACAUAUCUGGCUACAAGCCACUUUUGGUGGGACCGCGAGGACCCCAACGAUGAGCUCGCGCAGGAGAUCAUGGCAUUCAUGCCCAGCAAGUGCCAGACUGUCCUGUCGACUGUAUUCUUGACCUUCGACGGGAUGCUGCGUUAUGCCGUCUUUGUCUCGUGGGAGCGGUCGCCUCGCAGUUUCGACGAUAGCAGCCGCCUCGCGCUGCCAUUUGUUUGGAUCAUCGGCGCCGCGCUCACCUCGGGUCUUGCCAUUUCGCGCAUCCGCAGUGUCGAGGAGAGCCAAAUCACGUACUCGAACCUGCAGGCCCACGAGCUGCGCACCCCGCUGCACCAGAUCCUCACCAUCACCCACCUUCUCCGCUCCUCAAUGUCCGACCUCGCCGAUGCCGGAAAUGUCGGCCAGGUGCAGUCUGCAGCUCAUGGCUGCAUGACCACGCUGGAGCAGGUGCGCGACCUUCUUCCCCUGCUCGACGCUAUCGAUACGUCGGGCAAAACGCUGCACGGCAUCGUCGACAACAUCCUCACUUUCCUUGAUCUCACCGGCAAGGACAAGUUGUGGGAAAGCUCCCGGGUGAAGCACCCGGCCCUGUUUGGGCACAGCUCGAGUGCACCUCAGACUCUGCGGGCGAUGCUCGAGGAUCUCGUCCAGGAGGCGUACGAUGAGGACCGCCGCGGACGCGCAGGCAGCGGCGAGGCACAAGGUCACAUAGAAACCGUCCUCGAGAUUGUGUCCAAGGAUCUUGGAGACUUGGUCACAGAGGACCGGGGUGGCGCCCUCCGCCGUGCCCUGGGCCGACUGAUCUCCAACGCAUACCGGUACAUUGACGGUCCUGGCUGUGUCGAGAUUUACGUCGACGACAUCGAGGGUUACCUCCCGCCCGAGGGCUGCGAAGACCUUUCCAACACCCGCCGUGUCGCAAUCACCAUUGUCGACAAUGGCCGUGGCAUGUCCCUUGACUUUGUCGACAACAAGCUGGGCGAGCCGUGGGCCAAGGAAGACUUGUUCGCGACUGGCUCUGGACUGUCUGUUCACCUGGCGUACCGCAUCAUCGACCUCAUGGGCGGCGAGAUGGAGAUCUCAUCUGCGCCCGGCGAUGGGUGCACCAUCUCCAUUCAGGUCCCGCUGCCCAUCGCGCCUUCGCCGCCGUCGCUGACUCCGACUGUCACCACGGUGGACGGUGCACCACGCAAGGUGGCGGUCCUCGGAUUUGACCGCCCUGGCGGUGAUCUUCGCUGCGGUUUGGACCGCCUCGGCGCAUCAUUGGAGCGGCAAUACGCCAGCCUUGGGUGUGACAUUGCCCCUGCUGCUGAGGCCGAUCUCAUUGUCAUGGACGGCGGCUUCGAGACGGAUGACAUCGCGCCGAGCAUGUUGACCUCGAUAGAAGCGUCCGAGGUGGUGAUUUUCGAGGCAGAUGGUGACAGACCUGGCUCUCUCCCGCUUCCACCUACCACAGAGCUUCGCCGCCUCCACAAGCCCAUCACGCCUUCUCUUAUCAGAACUACCCUCUCACGCACACCGGCCCGCGUGUCGAUGGAGUUUAGCAACGGCGACAGCGCCUUCAACCGUCCCCGUCCGGUCCGUUUGCAAUUUGACUCCGAGUCGAUUGCCCGCUCUGAAAAGAGCUCACAGGCGGAGAAGGAGGAGAAGGUCGUGGUUACAACAUCGAAAUCGGUGUGCAAGACCACGAAAGGCCUCUCCACCCUGUUCGGGUGGAAGUCGCGCGGCAUGUGCGUCGAGGAGGCUGUAGCAUCGUUGUGCCUCGGCGACUACUUCUCGUCGCGUGGCCGAGCCCGGCUACCCUCGGGGGCGUCGACCGGGUCGUCUGGUUCAUCCUUCCCAGCGACAUCUCCGUCUGAGGACGCCGGUGCUGACACCGACCCUCUGGCGUCGCCGGGACUGGGCAGUACGCCCUCCUCGCCUUGGCUCGGCACAGAAUCGACACCCGUCACAACCCCGUCCGAGGAGGCCCCUAUUACCGUCCCUCCGGCUCCGACGCCUCACCCGAUGACCGUCCUCGUGGUAGAGGACAACAUGGUCAACCGCAAAAUUCUCGUGCGCAUCCUCAAGACGAGCGGCCUCGACCUCAACAUCCGCGAGAGCGAGGAUGGCGCGGAUGCUCUCGAACAAUUCAAGCAGCUUGCGCUUGAACGCCCGCUCAUAGUGCUGCUCGAUAUCAACAUGCCCAACAUGGACGGCUUCACUGCUGCAUCUGAGAUGCGGCUGGCUGAAAAGCGCCUCGCUGCUGGAGCGUUGAGCAACGGCGCUCGCUCCACAACUCCUGCCGUGCGCUCCAAGAUUUUCGCCAUCACGGCGCUCGCGGGCGAAGACGAGAAGCGCCGCGGCCUCGUCGAGUGCGGCAUGGACUGCUGGCUCACCAAGCCGUGCUCCAAGGUUACACUGCAGAAGGUUGUGGAGGAGGCGUGUGACGAGUUCGCCAAGCUCGGCCUGUGAUCUCCCACGCCACUCCCCCACAUUGCUCCCACGUUCUUUUCCACUCAUGUUCCUCAUCAUCUUUUGGGCUCUCUGGUGUAUGUACUGUCUGAUUGUACAUGUUCACAUGUAUGCAUGGAUCUCUGGUGUGCUCGU